AACCAGACACCGUCUUCUGCCAUCUUCGAAUUUGAAAUUUUGAAUUAGGGCUCGCCGAGUUUCAGUUCCUUCCACUCAGUCUCUCUCUGCCAUCUCUCUCUCUCUCCCUCUCCUCAAAGGCUUGCUCCGGCGUCGGCGCUUCCGCAAUUUAGCAUUGAAGGAUGGCAACCAGAUCCGCAAACAUGAAAGGUUUCUUCAAGCAGAAGAAGAACACAAAAUCCACUUCCAGUAACAAGGGCUCUUCCAAAAGAUCACCAACUGCAUCGACAAGUUCUGAUGUGACUCAACCGCCUGCCCUCAUAUCCCAUGGCUCCCUUGACCUGAAAGGUGAUCAUGACCAUGCAGAAGAAGUGCUGAGGCAGUUUGACAUGAACAUGGCUUAUGGACCAUGUCUUGGAAUGACUCGACUGUCUCGAUGGGAGCGUGCUCAGAAACUUGGUUUGAACCCUCCGAAUGAAGUUGAAAUCCUCUUGAAAGGUGGAAGAGUAAGUUCUGAGUGCCUGUGGGAUGGACGCGUCUAGAUUUUAACUUUCGCUCUCUGGGAUUGACUGCUUCCUGUUUGUAAUAUAUUGUGGACUUUCAAACAGUAUCUUCACUUGGCAUCCUUAGUCGUUGGCGCACCUAGCUGUGCACUUCUGUCUCGGGAAUUAAAAUGGCCAGUUGAUAAAUAUGUCUGAAAGAUCUGUUUCCCGGACUAGUUAUUAAUGCCAGUAACUGAAUUCUGAUGUUUAGAGA